GUUUAAGAACCACUUUCCAGGAAGUAAGUCGUCAUGUUCGAGGCCAAACUUGCUAAUGCUGCCCUUCUCAAGAAGAUUAUCGAAUCAAUAAAGGAUCUGGUGACGGAUGCUCCAUUCGACUGUUCCGAAUCAGCCAUGUGUCUACAAGCUAUGGACUCUUCUCACGUAGCGCUUGUUUCAUUGAAACUUGAGGUGGGAUUAUUCGAUACAUACCGAUGUGACCGGACGAUAAACUUGGGUAUGUCGUUGGCCAAUAUGUCGAAAGCAUUAAAAUGUGCAAAUAAUGACGAUACCUGCAUGAUAAAGUACGAAGAAGGUGACAGCGAUAGCAUUACAUUCACAUUUGCUGACACGAAGCGAGACAAGACUCAGGAUGUAACCGUAAAGAUGAUGGAUAUCGAUAGCGAACACCUUGGUAUCCCAGAACAGGAUUACGCUGUCGUAUGCGAAAUGCCGUCUUCCGAGUUCCAGAAAACUUGCAAAGAUAUCGCUAUGUUCAGUGACUCGCUUAACAUUACGGCUACCAAGGCUGGUAUUGUCUUCACUGGAAAAGGAGACACUGGUCAAUCCGUUAUCACCUAUUCACCCAACAGCAGUGCUGAUAGCGAAGAUGAGGCUAUAACUUUGGAAGUGACCGAUCCAGUGAACGUAAACUUCUCAAUAAAAUACAUGAACCAGUUCACAAAAGCCACAAACCUCUCGAGUCGCGUUCGCAUCUCACUAUGCAACGACGUGCCAAUUGUGAUCGAAUACCCACUAACAGAGGAUGGCAGACCAAGUGGUCAACAGCAUGGACAUCUGCGAUUUUACCUAGCCCCCAAGAUCGACGACGAAGAGAACAUGGACUAAUCUGCAUCUUUCCAAACUCACUUUGUAUUGUAACUCACAACUUUGUAAUGUCUAAGAUUGUCAGUUUUCACAAUUUACACAGUGUUUGCAUACGCUUUACUUUGAAUUUUGUUUAUCGGUGUUCAUAUAAACUGAUCUCUAUGAUA